AAAUUGGGAUUGUCAAAUUUUUUGCACUCUGAGAAACGAAGGAUCGGAGCUAUGGUGCGAAAGCAAGUCCUCUCCUUAACGGAAGCGGCGGCUUCUAGAAUUCGCCACCUCUUAGACCAGCGUCAGCGCUCUUUCCUCAAGCUCGGCGUCAAGGCUCGCGGCUGCAAUGGUUUAUCCUACACCCUUAAUUACGCCGAUGAAAAAGGGAAGUUUGAUGAGUUGGUUGAGGAUCAAGGUGUAAAGAUAUUGAUCGACCCAAAAGCCCUGAUGCACGUGAUAGGAACUAAGAUGGACUUUGUUGACGACAAACUGAGAUCUGAGUUUCUUUUCAUAAACCCAAACUCAAAAGGGCAGUGCGGCUGUGGAGAAUCCUUUUUGACCGCGAGCAAAUCAGACGCAGCGAAGAGCAGUGGUAGCUCAUGAAUGGCCAGUCUUGUGACACUGGCAUGCUUGGUCUGGAUCUUUUUGAACAAAUGCAUAUAUUAGAGGAGGAAUUACAUACAGAGGAGAAGCUUAUUUGGGAUCUAAGAUGGGGCUGAUAAAUUCUUGUGAAUGACAAUUUAUUGUAGAUUUAUAGUGACAAUGACUGUAUCCUUUGUGGGUUACUUACUGAUGUAUAUUACUCAAUAUCAAUAAGCUGCAUCAAGAUAUUCACAUGGAGAAUAAAUAAAUCAGUUUUGCAGAACUUA